AUGGACCAGCAGCAUCCGCUUCUGAUUGCCAGCGAAAACAUCCAUGACAGUGGCAUCAUCGAGGAUGUCCACCAGGAAUCGGAAGACACCGGAAACGAGGAUUACGGCGACGAAAGCAAUCUCGAGUCGAACCUUCGCCGGCGGAAAGGAAAAAUCAUUUCCUGCGUCGAAAAUGCAUCAAGAUUGAUCCGAAGACGCGUGCCUUGCGCCGGCCAUUUGAUGACACCCCGACGGCUGUGGCUGAACAAAAUUCCGACCCAAUGCGAUGUGGUGAUUGAAUUUCCAGAGGACGCUCCCGACGAUGCUCUCCGAUGGCUGCUAAACAGGAUCAAGGCGAACCCUCCGGAAGGGUUGGGACUCUCGACGAUGGUUCGAGCGCACGAAAGCACCAAACGCACCGCAUUCUACAUAACAGCGCCGAUGAAUGUAUUAUUCAAGGCAGCCGAGGACGCCCGCCUGCCGAAGCGGCUGCGAACCGACCUGGGAGGAGCGCUGAAGGAGUUUACCAAACGGGAAAGCCAUUGCUUUGCCCAAUCGAAGGACAACGAAGGUGCAAACAGUCUAUUUACCUCCCAGGAGCGCCAGUGGCUGGUGCUACAGGUCCUGCAGGGUCUGCGAGCUGGCACACCGGAUCUGGACGCGCUACAAGGCCGAGCACAGGUCGAGGAGGGCCAGAGCAUCGUGGCCGCCUGGCAGGAGCUGGGCCUAAUAACGCAGGUGUUCCCGCUUCACGAGACGACCGCCCUACAGCAGCUUCAGUCGAGCUGGGUUCGGAAGUUCUUCGCACCGCAACCCCUAGACGACAUCGCGGCGUACUUCGGUGUCAAGGUGGCGCUCUACUUUGCUUGGUUGGGUCACUACACCUGUGCGCUGUGUGUUCCGGCCGUCCUGGGGACGAUCCUGUACGCUGGGCUGUGGGGUCGUGGCCAGACGGCUCAAGACGUCGGACACGUUGUCUUCUCGCUGUUCAAUGUGGCCUGGGCGUCACUCUACCUGGAAGCCUGGAGACGCUACUCGGUGGAGCUGGCUUUUCGCUGGGGCACUCUAUCUACACCGCCCGAGCUGCUGGAGCCACCACGUCCGCUGUACAAGGGGCCUCUGGAGGAAAGCACCGUCACCGGGCGGCUGGAGCCGAAGGAAACGCCAGCCUGGCAGCGGCGAGCCUUCCGUUAUCUAGUUAGCUUUCCAAUUAUAGGGCUCUGCUUGGUGCUGGUGUUUGUUGUGAUGUUCCUGAUGUUGCGGCUGCAGGAUUGGCUCGAUCAACACUUACCCUAUAGCAGUGCUGGCCUGUGGGAGUGCAUGUGCAUAGUGUCUCAGGAUUGGUGGGAUGCCAAGCUGCCGGAGCAGGGUGUAUUUAGCUGUCUGAGCGUCAUACCGAAGGUCCUGCUGGCCGGCGCCAUUACACUAAUGGACGAAGCGUACUACAAGCUCGCCGUCUGGCUGAACGAUAAAGAAAACUAUCGGCUGCAGUCGAAGUACGAGAACCAUCUCAUCGCCAAGGUGGCCCUGUUCCAGUUUGUCAACAGCUUUCUUUCGCUGUUCUACAUCGCCUUCUAUCUGCGCGACCAGGACAAGCUCAAGGAGCAAUUGGCUGGGUUGCUGAUAUCGCGCCAGAUCAUCGGAAACCUGCGUGAAUCCGCCUGGCCUUACCUGGUGGAGCAGUGGCGUCUGGCGAAGUUGAGCUUCCGGAUGUGGGGUGCGCUCAGUCCAACGCAGGAAACACCACCCACGAUGACAACAGCUACCGCUACUGGUCAGUCAGGUUCCACAGUCAGUUCACCUUCAGCUUCAACGAUCGCAAGCGAUGGUAGGCAGUCGAGCGAUGGAAAAAGUCCUUCCGAAGCUGGUGCUUACUCUCCACCCAAACGCUCGAUAGGACAGGCAGAAAUCGAAAGCUCCCUUUACAAGUACGACGGAACCUUCUCCGACCACCUGGAGAUGCUGGUCCAAAUGGGAUACGUGGUGCUGUUUUCCGCGGCAUUUCCGUUGGCGGGACUGUGCGCGUUGGCUAACAACCUGCUGGAGAUCCGGUCCGACGCGUUCAAACUGGCCCAUGUACACCAGCGUCCAUUUGGUCAGCGUGUGGCCAACAUUGGCACCUGGCAGAACGCUCUCGGCAUGCUUGGGCUGGCGGCUGUCAUCGUGAACUGUGCCCUUAUUGGGCUGUCAGGACAGGUGUCCCGAUUGUGGCCCGGUCUCACGUCCACCCAAACAGUCAUCUUGAUCGUAGCACUCGAACACGUGAUGCUGGGGUUACGAUCGGCUCUAACGUGGCUACUUCCGGAACUACCUUCUUGGCUAGCGGCCGAGAUUGCCCGGGCUGAACACUGUCGGCGAGAGAUGCAAUGUAAAGGACCAUCGCCUCGUCAAACUCCACCAUCGCCGCCAUCGUCCACCUCCAUUUCGCAUCACGAUCAGGACUUUAACAGCAACCAGGACAUCUUCGAUAAGACCGAGCAGUCUGUUGGCAGAUUCCACAUAUCUCCCAGUCACGACAAUAACCCGGAUGGUGAGCUAGAGCGUGUUGCGCUCACGAGUGCAGUUACCAAGCUAGACAACUUGGUCCCGAGCGUCCAGCAGAUGCGCCAGGAUCAGCAGCAACAGCAGCAGCAACCUCAACAACACAAGAACUCGCAGAGCAGCUGCGACAACAUGGACAUUUUCGCUAUGGACACGCGCGACAUUUCACCGGAUUCGCCGAUCUCGCAGACAAGCACAGUAUUAUUACGACCUCUCCAAGAUUCUCCUCUUAGUGGUCAAUCUGCACAAACCGUUGCAUUAGAAUCGACACAAGCGAAUUCAGGUGCAUGUCUUAAGCAGCCAAGCAUUAAGCUCGCCGACAUACCGCCCUUCCGAGGACAAGCGAUGAAGCACAGCUGUAGUAUUUACGAUAAGCGAAGCAUCAACCUUGGUGAAACGUCGCAAAGCUCCCGGAUCGCCUCGAAGCCAAUCCAAAUACCAGAAAUACCACCGUUUCGCAAGCAGGCGCACUCCACGAUGCAUUCGCCCGUCAACCAGAGCCCGCAAACGCCCGCACCGCUGUCAUCCGCGAACCCUUCGCCACCGCGGAUCGCCGAAAUUCCGCCCUUCCGGCCGCGCAUCCGUUCCAAGGAAUGGAUGCCCAACAUCGAGGUGGGUCGACUGAAGCACACCGAGCACCAUCUCACGAUUGGCCCUAGCGGAGGGGCCGAAUGGGCAAAACGCUUGAAGGCAGCCGAUCCCUCCAUCAUUCACAGAAGUACCGAUUGCAUUGUAGCGAAGCAGCAAGAGCUGGCCACUGGGUCCGAUUCGGAGUUGCUCAAACCAGCACCUUCCUGGACAAACGUGGCGGCAAAACCUGGCGGCGAACAGCAACCGGGAACCAGCAACAGCGCCCCAUCGGUGAAGGCCCCAACCGAGGAAGAAGCGAAAGCGGCCGAACUGGCAGCCAAAAAGUCCCGCCUAAAGCAGAGUCUGGUGAAGCGCGCACGAUCGGUCGCCAUCUUCUCGCUGAAGCUGAAAGAACAGCGAGCAAAACGGGCGGAGAAAAUGGCCCUCGAAGCACUGGAAGCGUUACCGGCACCACCGCCAGGAGGCGAACUGUCACUGAUACCGAUCGAGCAGUUGAUCCAGGUGGAUGACGUGCUAAGUCAGCGAAAUCAUGGAGGAGGUUCCGGCCACAACAAUGGUCACUCGUAA